AAUAUAUAAAGAGAUAAUUUAAAUGUAGAGAACCAAUUGCAAUUUGAUUUCAAAACAUUGAUAACAAAAAUAAUAUUGAGAUGCUAUUUUUGAUAGCUGUUAUAGCAAACCUUUUAAUUUUAACUGCGGGUUAUCACAAUACACAUUUUGUUGAUAAUCGUACAGCAAUCGUUCAUUUAUUUGAAUGGAAAUGGGAAGAUAUUGCAAAAGAAUGUGAAAAUUACCUGGGACCAAAUGGAUUCGGUGGAGUUCAGCUUUCUCCUGUAAAUGAAAACGCUGUAAUGAAUAAUCGACCAUGGUAUGAACGUUAUCAACCAAUUUCAUAUAAAUUGAUUACAAGAUCAGGAAAUCGUGAAGAAUUGCAAGAUAUGAUUCGGAGAUGUAAUGCAGUUGGUGUUAGAAUUUAUGUUGAUGCUGUUAUCAAUCAUAUGGCAGCAUAUGAUCCAACUAAAAUUAAAGUUUUUGGUACAGCUAACUCUGAAUCGAAUCCAGGUGAUAGAUAUUUUCCUGCUGUACCAUAUACUCCAGAUGAUUUUCAUCCAAUUUGUUCUAUACAAAAUUAUCAAGAUCCAGUACAAGUACGUAAUUGUGAAUUAGCUGGUCUUAGAGAUUUAAAUCACACAAAAGAGAAUGUACGAAAUAAAAUUGUUGAAUUCUUCAAUGAAUUGAUUGAUCUUGGUGUAGCUGGUUUUAGAAUAGAUGCUGCCAAACAUAUGUGGCCAGAAGAUUUAGAAGUUAUUUAUAAAAGAGUAAAAAAUUUGAAUACUAAUUUUGGUUUCCCACAAAAUGCCAGACCAUUAAUCUAUCAAGAAGUUAUCGAUUUAGGUGGUGAAAAUAUCAAAAAAUAUGAUUACAAACAUAUGGGACGUGUUACAGAAUUCAAAUUUUCUGCCGAAAUUGGAAAUCUUUUCAGAGGUAACAAUAAAUUGAAAUGGACAAAAAAUUGGGGUCCCGAAUGGGAUUUCUUGCAAACUGAUGAUUCAAUCGUAUUUGUUGAUAAUCAUGAUAAUCAAAGAGGACAUGGAGCUGGUGGAUCAUCAAUUUUAACUUACAAAAAUGAUCAACUUUAUAAAUUAGCUUCAGCUUUCAUGCUUGCUCAUCCAUAUGGUUGGACAAGAGUUAUGAGUUCUUUCCAUUUCUCUGACCCUAGUCAAGGUCCGCCACAAGAUAAACAAGGAAAUAUUAUCUCACCUUCAUUUGAUUCUAAUGGUCUUUGCACUAUAGAAUCUGGUUGGGUAUGUGAACAUCGUUGGAAAGAAAUUCAACAACUUGUUAAAUUUAGAAAUUUGGUUGGAAAUGCUCCUUUAACUAAUUGGUGGGAUAAUGGUAAUAAUGCUAUUGCAUUCAGUAGAGAAGGCAAAGGAUUUAUUGUCAUCAAUAAUGAAUCAAAUCAAAUUAGCGCAAAUUUACAAACAUCUUUACCAGCUGGAAAAUAUUGUAAUUUAUAUGAAGGGGGAUUGGUCCAAAAUAAAUGUGCUGGAAGAGUAAUUGAAGUUGAUGGAAGUGGCAAGGCAAAUAUUGUUUUAGAUUCUAAAAAAGCUAUUGUAUUGCUAUAUACAGAUAAAAUUUAAAUAUUAUUAUUUGAAUGUUCAACAAUAAAACUUGUAAGUUUGAAUAUGUAAUUAUUAUUUUGAAUUUUAUUAAGGAAAAUUUUCAUCAUUUUGAAAUGUAACAAUAAAAUUUCUUCUUAGUAACUUUUAGAAACUGUAG